UAUGGAUGAGGGGAGAUGGAUGACGUGAAAUACGAAUGUGGUUCAUCCAUCCAAAUGCGUCAUAGACGCCUUGAAGAAACCCUAAAUGGCCGCCAGCACUCUGCGGUUAUCCAUCGUUGUGUGCUGCUGCUGCUGUUCUUAGCGAUCGAAAAGUCUUGUGCAGUUGAACGAUCGAAGCAAACAGACAUGGCGAAGGUGGAGCCGGUCGGAGGGAAGAAGCUGAUCAAGGAGUGGCCGACAUGGAUCCUGAAGAAGGCAAAGACGGUGACUCACUACGGGUUCAUUCCGCUUAUCAUUUUCAUUGGCAUGAACACGGAGCCCAAACCCCAGCUUUCGCAGCUCUUGAGCCCUGUCUGAGGGUCGCCGAUGCUGCCUUGAGUUGUAAUGAAAGCCAUGAAUAGAACACAUUUUUUAUGAUUGAGCACUGUCGCUUUUCCUCUCAUCAGUUCGUUAUAGUUAGGUUGGUGGGUGUGUUCUAACUGCGGAGUGCAAUCGAGCUAAUCUUUCGGGAUUGAAAUUCAAACUUUUUUAUGAUAGGCAAGGAAAUUUGUGUCUCCGAAAUGAUAUGUAUACUUUGGAGUAUUUUGAAGAGCUUUUGAGGGUCUUCGGGAUU